UGAGGAGAUUUGAGAGACACAGGAGAGAGAGAGAGAGAGAGAGAGAGAGACCCAACCAUAAGGAGAAAGGGGGAAAUGAGAUGACAACAGAAUGCAGGCUGUGAUACAUAACAGAGCAUGAUGUAUUGAAUCAAAGGAAAAGGAUAAAUAAAUCUGGAUUUCUCACCGGCAAGGGAGCAAGAAUAAAAGCAUCAGUAUCGCUAAACCACUUAAGGACGUGGAUUAAAAAAGAGAGAGGGAAAGGGAAAGGAGAGGAGGAAAAUAAUCAGAUCACUUGUUUAUUUUCAUGGUCCGUGUGCGCACUUGCUGUCGGUGAGAGUGUGCAUAUGUGUGUGCGCAUAUGGGAAGAGACUGCAUUGCUGUUCACUAGCAGAGGCAUCAGGAGAGAACCAAGCUGAAUCCCUCUUUUUUCUUUCUCUCUCUCUAUUUCUGUGUUGCACUGUGUGGCAGGAGCAUGUUGGGUGGGUUGAGUACAAACGACAAGCUGAGCUAGCCAAAAGAGAUGGACCUGUAACGCUGUAAAUGCUGUUGGAUCUGGCCAGUGGCUGUGUGGGAUCCCAGGUUUCUAGGUGGAGCCUGGUGGUCUUCAGCUGCUAGGGAGAGUUAAAGCUAAAAGCCCCAGAGAGGAGGAGGCACAAGUAUCUGGGAGUGUGCCGGCAGUGGGGCCCUGCGUGGAGGGAGGGGGCCUGAACCUAAACCCCAAAGAAAAGGAGUUUGCUGCGUUUGUGUUGGCAGGGAGGACGCAUGGCUGGCGUGGGCCUUCCCCCUUCUGUGAGCUGCAGCUGUAGGAGAUUGGACCGGGAGUGAAAGUGAACCAAACCUCCAGGAUAAUGGUUUGAAGAGGUUCCCGCUGCUCCUCCCUGGCCUGACAGGAGGGACCCUACACUCUGGGGGUCUAUUUAGCUUUUUCCUCUUUUUAUUUUUCUCUUUAAGUCAACCCGGGGGAUUUGUUUGGGUGUCUUCCUCCCCCCCACACCUCAUCAUCAUCACUAACCCCACCUCCAUCUCUGUUUUUAGUUUGUUUUCUUUUUUUGAGAUUUGGGGGAUUUGCCAAAACCUAUUUCAUGCAUGUCCACUGGGGGCAGGUUCAACUUUGAUGAUGGGGGGUCAUACUGUGGGGGGUGGGAGGAAGGCAAAGCCCACGGCCAUGGCAUCUGUACUGGGCCGAAGGGCCAAGGCGAGUACUCAGGGUCCUGGAGCCAUGGCUUUGAGGUGGUGGGGGUGUACACAUGGCCCAGUGGGAACACCUACCAGGGCACCUGGGCGCAGGGCAAGCGCCAUGGGAUUGGAAUGGAGAACAAGGGCAAGUGGGUGUAUAAGGGGGAGUGGACAAGUGGAUUUAAGGGACGCUACGGCCUCAGGGAGAGCACCGGCACCAGCGGGAAGUACGAGGGGACCUGGAACAACGGUCUUCAGGACGGAUACGGCACUGAGACCUACUCUGAUGGAGGUACGUACCAAGGCCAGUGGGUGGGGGGGAUGCGGCAUGGAUACGGCAUGCGGCAGAGUGUGCCAUACGGCAUGGCAGCCGUCAUCCGCUCUCCGCUGCGUACCUCCAUAAACUCCUUGCGCUCGGAGCACAGUAACGGGACGGCUCUGCUCGCGGACCGGGCCGGCGUGGGGAAUGUGGGCGGGACAGGCUCCACCAGCAGUCCGGCAGUGUCGCGGGGGGGCUUUGUGCUCACUGCUCACAGCGAGGCAGAGCUGCUGAAGGGCAAGAAAAAGGGUCUGUUCCGAGGUCGCUCCAUCCUCAGCGGACUCAAACUGAGGAAGUCAGAGUCCAAGAGCUCCCUGGCCAGCCAGCGCUCAAAGCAGAGCUCGUUCCGCAGUGAGGCGGGCAUGAGCACAGUCAGCUCGGUCAACUCUGACAUCAACUCCACCAUCAGCCUGGGAGAGGGCGAAGCCGAGCUGGCCGUCGCCGAGGACGACGUGGACGCCACGGCAACGGAGACCUACUGCGGCGAGUGGAAGAACGACAAGCGCACGGGCUGUGGGGUGAGCCGGCGCUCGGACGGCCUGCACUAUGAGGGUGAGUGGGUGGGAAACAAGCGGCACGGGUACGGCUGCACCACCUUCCCUGACGGGACCAAGGAGGAGGGCAAGUACAAGCAGAACGUCCUGGUGAGCGGCAAAAGGAAGAACCUAAUCCCCCUCCGAGCCAGUAAGAUCAGAGAGAAGGUGGACCGGGCUGUGGACACGGCCGAAAAGGCUGCGGACAUCGCCAAUCAGAAGGCUGAGAUCGCCAUGUCCAGGACGGCCCAUGCACGGAAGGCGGAGGCGGCCAUGGGAGCCAGCCAGAAGGCCCAGGAGGAGUGUCGCCUCGCCAGGGUCACCGCCAAAGGGUUCUCCCCCUCCUUCCAGCACCGCGAAAACGGAGUAGAGGUCCAAAGGCCAAAGCAUCAGAACUCCAGUGAGAACGACAUUGAGGUGAUCUCCAGUGGCACGGGGCCAGACAGUCCUGAACUCUACAUAAAGGGCACCACACCCCCCAACUUGACCCCUGACCUUAGUCCUGAGGCCAGCCACCCCUCCUCGCCCCCAUGCAGCCCGACCACCUCCAAGCCAUACCGCACCAAGAACGCACGCUUCCUGCGGCAGAGUGCUGUGGACGACGCUGGGGGUGGUGGCGGUGGGGGAGGGGGCGGUGGGGGUGGGAGAGGGGGCAGUGGUGGCCAGGAGAUCCAGGUGCUGAUGGAGGGCCGUGGAGGAGGGGAGUACCUAAGGGCCAACAGCUGGAGCGAGGACAAACGCUCUUCUAAAGAGGGCAGCAGGGGGGGCAGCAGGGGCAGCAGUCGCUCCACCACCCCCUCUGUCCAGGACGAGGCCAGGGGCCGCACCAACGGCCACGGCCAUAAGCACGCCUCCUCCAAUCACAAGUCUCGAGAGCAUGGCUCGUCCAAUCACAAGGCCUCCAGGGACCGAUGGUCGGACUGCCCGUCGGCAUCGUGGAGGUCCCAGCGGACGCACAGCGGUGACACACGGCUGCUGGAGCAGGAUGAGGAGAAGCUGAGCAACUACGAGAUGGAGAUGAGGCCGCUGCAGCCCAUGGACUCCAACUCCCAGAAGCCCUAUGGGUUGGGAGAGGAGCACCAUGGUCACAGUGGCGAGGCCCGCUCCCACACGCUGCAGAGACAGCGACCUUCUAAGACCCGGGAGGCCAGGGAGGGCAGGGAAAGGGAGGCAGCACGGCCGUCAGGAGCGCGGGAGGGCAAAGAGAGAAAGGAGGGACCGGCUCCAGACUCAAUGCAAAAGCUGGACAGUCUGAGCAAGGGGGACAAGUUGGAGGCUCGGCCUCUGCGCAGGGAUCUCACCCUCUCCCCCCCACAGAAAUCCUCACCCAUUGCACUAGAACACGACGACGACAAGAAACUAACCCAGCUCAAAGCAAACUCGGGCUCCAGCUCAAUUCUGGUCAUCAUGGUGAUUUUGCUCAACAUUGGAGUUGCAAUUUUGUUUAUUCACUUUUUUAUUUAACAAUGGAUUGCCUAUUAAUUCCUAUUAUUAUCUAUGCUAUUAUUAUAACAUAUUAUGAGUAUUAUCAUGACUAUACAGCCCUUGGGCAUUUGACACUAUGUAAAGAGUACAGUAAGAGGAUUAACAAUAUGGGGAUAAAGCUGGUUCCCAAUGCCCAGAUGAAAGAUAAGCAGUGAUCUGCAAAAAAAAAAAAAAAAAAAAAAUGUAAUUCUUUCUCUCCCUGACAUUAC